AGCGAUCGCGCGAUUGCUGGAUAUUCCCACCUCCUGCAGCCAUGGACACCGACUUUGCAGGGGAGUACCGGUCACUUGCGGACCCUGGACACCUAGCCGAUGUGGAAUCAGAUCCAAAAAAGGCCGGAGAGGCGCAACGUUUCAAGAAGAUACUGAAAGCCAAUACCUCCACCUUCAAAGACAAGGUGGAACGCGAAAAAAUGAGUCGCGCUUUACGAGCGAAGAAGGAGCGUGAACAACUGCGGGCUUUGCGCGGUGGCAAGGGACACACCUUUCUGUACUCAUUGACCAGUGCCCAUUCACAUCGUCUGGAAGCUGUGGUCUUCCGAAACUUUAUCGGCCUUUUCAUCCUCACCAACGUAGUUUGUUUCAUCAUUGAGACUGACAAGUCCACCGAGCAGAGAUACAGACCUUUCUUUGACAAUCUUGAAGCAGUGUCCUCUUGUCUAUUUCUGGUGGAGUAUCUUAUGCGGCUGCUGACAGUUCAUGAAAACAAGCGCUACAUGGAACUGUCUCGCUGUCAAGCACGCUGGAAGAUGCUAUGUUCUUUUCCAUCCUUGAUCGACCUGGUUUCUUUUCUGCCAUGGUUUAUAGAAAGAUUGCUGCCGUACAAGCUGCCAAACCUCCAGUUUGUGCGAGUCAUUCGCCUAUUCCGCUUGUUCAAGUCCAACUCAGUGAUGGGUUCUGUUGACGUCAUUGCACGUGUCUUGUUCUUCAACAGAGAAAUUCUGUGUGUUGCAUUCAUGAUCGACCUGAUCUUGAUAUUGCUCAUGUCCACCGUCCUCUACUACAUGGCGCCUCCACCAGACACCCCUGGACUUGAAGAUGAUUUUGAAUCCAUUCCUGCAACCAUGUACUUGUCAGUGAUGAUGCUCACUGGACAAGGUCAACCUAAUGGACAGUUGCCAUGGUACACCAAAGUGAUCGUGGUUGUCACCGCAGUACUGGCGACUGCGCAAUUUGCCAUUCCUGCCUCCAUGUUGACUUGGGGCUUUGAGCAGGAAGCUGAGAGACGUCUACAUAAGAAUCAUCAGGUGCAAAUCAAACAGAAGGAGCGCAUCUUGAAAGGGGACACGCAGUGGGAUGUCGAGGACAUCAGUAGUAGUUCCACAAGUGAAAGUGAUGUGGGUCAUGAAUGGGCUGAGUACGAGGCAGUUGUUGUCGGCAGCGACAGUGAUACUGAAGAAGAUAACAUCGAGUCCGCAGCCCAUUUGACCUCCCUAACAGCUUCUGAAGCUGCACGGAUUGCCAAAGUUUUCUCUAUCUUGGAUGCUGACGACAGUGGAAUGCUUCAGACUAGUGAGAUUUGCAGAAUAGCAUCCGGCCACUCAGCUCAGAGUGGGCAGAUUGAUUGUCAGAAUUUGGUGGAAGUCCUUGAUGAUGACAAUGAUGGGAAGACAACAUCUGAAGAGUUCUUGCAGUGGCUGACUGGAAUCAAGGCCAAAAAUGUGCACGUCUUUCACAUGAUUAUGAAAGAUUUGGAGAACCUGAAAAUGACCAAAGGAGCUGAAUCAACUUUGACCUCAGGGAACCUGAUGAAAUUCGCGCAGCGCUUCCAGGAAUUGAAUGAUGAGGUCAGAAGGCUGAAAGAUGAGCUCGCAUCGAAAGAGGCAGAGAUUUCCCUCCUGAAAAGAGAUCGCCCAGCCGCAUGAGCCGCAUGAGCCGCAUGAGCCGCAUGAAACUUUUCAUCGCCAUCGUGCUCGCACGAUCAAUAUCCGGCAAUCUUAGGUAAACGCUUUGCAUUGAAGGGAAAAGGUGCGCGAUCGUGUUUGCACCAACUGUGUAUCAGCAGAGCAAUCAGUGUUUGAUAAGUCUGCAGCAAGAUGGGGCUAAGACGCCUGCUGUUGCCCAGGCGCGCGAUUGGCUGAGAAGGUCAUGAGAUGUCAUGAGGAUGAAUGAGCAAUUUGAAAAGAGUGUUGCUAUGACAGGGGAUGUUGCUGAAAGCCAG